UUUCUUGUUUGCAGGCAGCGCGUGACGAAGAAAUUCUUUCGAAAACUUGAAUUUCCAAGCGCUAAGAUGGAUUCGGAACAGUUUAAAGCAGCAGCUAGAGAUAUGGUCGAUUACGUCGCAGGUUAUUUGGACACCAUAGAAUCGCGACGAGUCGUACCUGAUCUUCAGCCUGGUUACAUCAAGGAGCUGAUUCCUGAUCACGCCCCUGAAGAUGCAGAGCCUUGGUCUGCUGUGUUGGGUGACCUGGACAGGGUCAUCAUGCCCGGGAAAUCUAGUCCUGCAUGCACGGAACUGGAAAUGGUCACCUUGGACUGGUUGGGCAAACUCCUGGAACUGCCCGACGAAUUCUUGUUCUCAGCUUCCGGGGGAAAGGGCGGUGGUGUCAUCCAGGGCACUGCGAGCGAAGCCACUCUCGUGUCGAUGCUGGCCGCCAAGACACGCAUGGUGAAACGGAAAAAGUCCGAGAACCCGGAUUUGACUGACAUUGACAUCAUCGGGAAACUUGUGGCUUACUGCUCAGAAAAUGCUCACUGUAGCGUGGAACGAGCAGGAAUGAUUGCAGGUGUGAAAAUGCGACUGGUUCCUUCGGACGACGAAUUUCGAAUGCACGGUUCCAGUUUGGACGAGGCAGUGAAAGAAGAUUUGGCAAAAGGAUUGAUUCCUUUCCACGUCAGUGCUACGCUGGGGACGACCGAUUGCUGCUCGUUUGAUGACCUGUUGUCCAUUGGACCGGUGGCUCAAAAACACGAACUUUACAUGCAUAUCGAUGCUGCUUAUGCUGGGGCUGCGUUUAUUUGUCCGGAGUACAGACAUCUGCUGAAUGGAGUCGAGUUCGCCGAUUCUUUCAAUUUCAACCCGCACAAAUGGAUGCUCGUGACGUUUGAUUGUUCGGCUUUAUGGCUGAAAAACUCGUCAGAAAUCGUUGAUGCUUUCAACGUCGAUCCGAUCUACCUCAAGCAUGACCAACAAGGUUUGGUGCCUGACUAUCGGCAUUGGCAAAUUCCUUUGGGGAGACGAUUUCGGUCCCUCAAAUUGUGGUUUGUGUUGCGACUUUACGGUGCCAAGCAGAUUCGGGCUCAUUUGCGAAAACAAAUAGCUUUGGCAGAAAGAUUUGCGCAACACGUCAAAUCUGACGCGAGGUUUGACAUUCCGGUGAAAAACCACAUGGGACUCGUCUGUUUCCGAUUGAAAGAAUUAUACUAA